AUGGUAAGGAGAGGAGAGAAUAAUACAGAGGUUGAAAAAAACCAACUAAGAGUGGUUCAGGGUCCCUUUGGAGACUUAUAUCUCGAUGAUAGGAUUUUCCUUAGUCUAGUAGCCUCAGAUGUAUCCUCCACGGAGCUGCAGAAUUCCACACAGGAUUUGUUCCGAGCCUUUCUAAGUUCAGCCUUAUGGACGUCCCAAUCGUGUGGUGCCCUUGUGGCUUUCGCUCUGUUGAAGUGUACUCUGCAGUCGUUCCUUACACCAACCAGUUUUGGGGUCCACCAUGGUGGUCGCUAUUUGCCACUUGGCUUGGCAUUAGAACAUGCUGACACAAAGUCGUUCAUUCGCUUAGCUGAUCGCCUUGUCGCAUUCAAUGCUGAUAUAGGUGAUAAUACGCUUCCGCUCUCAUCGAUUCACUUAAUUAAUAUACACAUGACAGAGCUGAAGUCAUUAUGGAGCGACAUUAAGUCCACUUUCGAUACAUUCAUGGCUGAUCGUGAUAGUGAGCAAGACGAAGACGAGGGCGGAGCAGACGAUUCCGUAAAUGCAUCCGAGCUGGAGACCUUCCGAGCCAAGUUUAAGAGUUCUUAUGUGACUUACUGCAACUGCUUGGCGACAUUGUCACAGCUCGCGGAGGAGUUUCAGUUGCCGGCAACUAAGAUUUCUCCAAGCCAACGUCUUGUCGCAAAUCCACCUGUUUCCGAAGGUCAUCCAGAAUUUCAAGACACUCCGUCUUCUACGGGAAGGACUGAUUAUUCCUUUCAUCUCCCGCCAUGUGAUACAGAGGUUUUCCACGGUGAUUAUAUGUCCUGGCCUACUUUCAGAGACAUGUUUACGGCAGUGUACAUAAAGAAUUCCAGACUUAGUUUUGUCGAGCGUCUGUUUCACUUGACGCAAAAAACGCGAGGCGAGGCUCGUGACAUUGUUCAGAGGAGCCCUUUGACGAAUGAUGGUUUCCAUUUGGCAUGGAAAAAUCUAUGCGCUCGUUAUGAGAAUAGACGAAUCCUUGUUAACGGGCAGCUAAAGGUUUUGUUCAAUCUUCCUUCCAUUUCCAAAGAGUCCGCCAGUGCACUUAAACAGUUGCAGCGCGACCUUACUUCUUGUAUCUCGGCCCUAGAGUUGUGUGACAUUGAUGUCAGAGGUUGGGACCCUCUAUUCGUAUUUCUCUGUUCGAAUCGUCUUCCAGAGUCCACACUUACCUUAUGGGAGCAGGGUCUCGCAGAUAAGACUGCAAUUCCUAAGUGGUCUGACCUUGACUCCUUUCUUACGAAUAGAUACCGGACACUGGAGUCCGUUUCUGAAAUGCGUGCCAAUCCCAAUGCAAGGGAUCAAGAUUCAAAAUCCAAUAGCACGAAUACUAAGAGUUCGAGAAAUAUUAAUUCAUUCCAAGUGAGAGUUUCGGGUCCACAAUGUCCUUUAUGUCCAAGAGAGUUCCAUGUGAUUAGGAAGUGUCCUAAGUUCAUAGCAAUGGACAUUAAUCAGAGAAAGUCCGAGAUAAGGAAGCAAGGUCUGUGUUUGAACUGUUUUUCUAAAACUCAUCACGUUCGAAAUUGUACAAGCAAGAACACUUGUUUCCAGUGCCAGAGGAAGCAUAAUACUUUGCUUCAUGAGAGUUCCGCUAAUCCAGAGGCCAGUAACUCAAGAGUGCAGACUCCGGCAAAUACAAAUUCAGGUUUGAAUGCAAACUCCUCACCUUUCGCUCCUAGUCCUAUACAGUCCACUAGUUCUGGUACGGGAGUCGUUCAAACCUAUUUCUCUUCCAGUUCUCGUGGCGUUUUGCUGGGGACUGCUUUGGUUGAUGUGUUGCACUUGGGUGUUACGUACCAGGCACGAGUGCUUUUGGAUUCUGGGUCGCAGGGUACAUUCAUUUCAGAGAGACUUUUCAAUAGAUUGCAGCUCCCAUAUAGAAAAGUCAAUGCUCAGAUUUCUGGUCUGAAUGAUUCCAUGGCUGCUUCCGUUCGAAAGGAAUGUACUCUGCUUCUAUGUUCGAGAUAUGCAGAUGCUCAAAUUUCGGUUAAGGCCUUCGUUAUUACUAAUUUAUCUGGUGCCCUUCCAUCUCAUUCAAUACCCCCCUCCAUCUUCUCUCAGCUGCCCCAAUUCGAGCUGGCAGAUCCACUAUUUCACAGGAGUUCCAGUAUUGAUAUUCUGAUUGGUGGUGACUUCCUUCCUUCCAUCAUGCGGUCCGGCGUGAAGCAUGAUAUUUGUGGUUCCUUGAUGGGCCAAAAUACCAUCUUUGGAUGGAUUUUGACUGGCCCCAUUCCGAUCCAAUCUCCAUCUCCAUAUUCCAGAAUUAUUUCCAACUUUUGUGAAAUCUCUUUGGACAAAGAGAUUUCGAGAUUUUGGGAGGUGGAGAAUCUUCCAAGGAAGAACUUUGUGUCAGCAGCUGAUAGAUUUUGUGAGGAAUUGUUCGUUUCAACUACUAAGAGGGAUGAAGAUGGAAGGUACGUUGUUCAUCUUCCGUUCAAAAGAGAUUUUCCCAAGAGUAUAUCUCUAGGUAAUUCACGGACAAGUGCUAUGGCCCAAUUUUUGAGAAAUGAAGUCCGCCUCCUUCGCAAUCUUGCGUUCAAGGAUGAGUAUGAUUCCGUUAUCCAAGAGUACGCGAAUUUAAGCCACAUGUGUCAAGUUGAGACUUCUAGUUCUAUGGGAAGUGCGUCUCAUUACUACCUGCCGCACCAUGCGGUUAUAAAACCAGAGAGCACUACCACCAAAGUUCGGGUGGUUUUCAAUGCUUCUUCACCUUCCUCUAAUGGCGUGAGUCUUAAUGACACUUUGCAUACAGGUCCUGUGUUGCAGAGUGAUCUGACUGUGUUGAUUCUCAAGUGGCGAUUCUUUCGGUAUGUGUUCAAUGCCGACAUUCAAAAGAUGUACCGGCAGAUUAGAGUUCAUCCCAAUCACACACCGUUCCAAAGAGUUCUAUUUCGAAGAGAUCCAAGUGACGACGUUCAAGAUUUCGAGUUGAAGACUGUCACUUUCGGUGUGAAUUGUGCUCCAUACUUAGCUAUUCGCACUCUUUUCCAACUUGCUGAUGACGUUCAAUCCAGUCAUCCUAUUGCCAGUGAAAUACUUCGCAGUUCUAUGUACGUGGAUGAUGCCCUAGUGGGUGCACAUUCGCUGCAGAAGGCAAUGCAGUCUAAGGAGCAGUUGAUAUCCGCUUUGGCUUCGGCCGGCUUCCUCCUGAGAAAAUGGACAGCAAAUUCAAAGGAUAUUCUAGCAGGUCUUCCUUCCGAUCAUUUGCUGUGUGAAGAUUUUUUGGACUUCGACGACAGUAGCACAGCAAAAAUGCUAGGAAUUCGUUGGAAUGCUCGAUCCGAUUCGUUCUAUUUCACUACCAAGCCAUUCCCAGAUUCAUCCAGAGAUACUAAAAGAGAACUCCUUUCCCAGAUUUCAAAGCUUUUCGAUCCUGCUGGUUGGCUAUCGCCAUGUAUUGUGGUAGCAAAGAUUCUUAUGCAGAGGAUAUGGUCAGAGGGUACGGGCUGGGACGAGGUCGUUACCCCUGGCACACUUGCAAAGUGGAAAGAGUUUCAGACGUGUUCUUCGGCUAUAAAUGAAGUUCGAAUUCCGAGGUGGCUUCAUUAUGUUCCUUCCGCCGAUAUUCAAUUCCAUGGCUUCUGUGAUGCUUCAGAAAGGGCAUACGCAGCAGCUUUGUAUGUGCGAAUAGCUACAACUACUUCGGUCUCUACACAUUUGGUCUAUUCAAAGACAAGAGUGGCUCCUGUUAAGACAUUGUCCAUUCCGAGGUUAGAGCUUUGUGGGGCUGUUCUAUUGGCAGAGAUGUUAGAUACAUUACUUCCGACACUUAACAUUCCCAAGUAUUCUCUUUUCUGUUGGACAGACUCCACUAUUGUCCUUUCCUGGCUUUCGAAACCUCCGUGUUGUUGGGCAACAUUUGUUGCAAACCGAAUUUCAAGUAUAGUUCAAGUGGUUGACCCCUCCAAGUUCGGUCAUGUUCCCUCAGAGACGAAUCCUGCCGACCUCGCUAGCCGAGGUCUCCUGCCUCAGGAUAUCGUCGCAAAUGAGUUGUGGUGGUCGGGACCUGAGUGGCUCCGCGACUCCCCUGAGUGUUGGCCUAAUUCUGUUCAAUCCACUAUUCCCGAGAUAGAUUUGGAGCGUAAAGCCAUAAAGGUUCAUCAUACUUACUUUCAGAACUACCAGGACGUUCUUGAACGUUUUUCUUCCUAUCCACGAGCGCUACGUGUACUGGCUUAUGUGUAUCGAUUCUUCUAUCGUACUCAUCCAAGAUUUCGUUCCAGCUUUUCAAAGCAGUCCACUUUGAUCACAAGUUCUGAGCUUGUACUGGCUGCUCGUGAAGUUCAUCCACCAACUUACUAUCCACGGGGGGAAUCAGCUUGUACUUCGUAUGGUCAGAUCACAGUACUGGAUCCCGAAGGUCAAGAAUUUAAUCAAAACGACCAUCAAUAA